AUGGUGGUGUUAGUCUAUGUGGAUGGCCUAUUAAUCAUUGGUGAUGACCCCCUUCUGAUUCAAGAAACUAAGGCCAACUUGCAGCAAAGUUUCAAGAUCACGGAUUUAGGUGCCUUGAAGUAUUUUUUAGGAAUAAAGUUUGCAAGAGGCAACGAUGGAAUACUUAUGCAUCAAAGAAAAUAUGCACUCGAGCUCAUCUCAGACUUGGGAUUAUCUAGAGCAAAGCCUAUAGGUGCUCCUUUUAAGCUCAACCAAAGGCUCACCACUAUUGAGUUUGACUUCCAUUUUGGAGCUCAUGAUGAUCCUCCCCUUGAUGAUCCUGGCCCGUAUCAGAGAUUGCUUGGGAGACUAUUGUAUUUGACCAUUACAAUGCUGGAUAUUGAAUUUGAUGUGCAAUGCCUCAGCCAAUUCAUGCAUUCGCCUAAGUACUCCCAUUUGGAAGCUGCACUACGUCUGGUGAGAUACGUUAAGCAGGCACCAGGGCAAAGGAUCCUUAUGUCAUCAACCUUUGAAUUUCAUCUACAUGCCUAUUGUGAUGCUGAUUGGGUAGUUUUCCCUAACACCAGGCAUUCUAUCACCGACUACUGUAAAGUUUGGAAAUUCAUUAGUGUCCUGGAAAUCCAAAAAAUAGUCCACUAUUUCCAAAGCUUUAUUGCAGUUGAGUUUAGGAGUUUGGCCUCUACUGUCACAGAAAUUGUGUGGUUGGUUUGGCUGUUUAAGGAGCUUGUUGUAGACAUUCAG